CAUGUGUAGACAGAUAUCAUCUCCCUGAGCCUUAUAUGUAUCAGACCAUGGUUUCAAAUUGUUCCUGUAGCGCCAGCGAAUAAUACUGUUUACUUAAAUAUUCUCUGGUAUUCUCUGAAAUGGUAGAACUUAUGUUGCGAAUGAUAACGCGUCGAAGACUAGAUUCUCCUCAGAGAAUAUGUGUCAUGGUAUAAACUGUGAUCUUAGUGGCGGCAAUGUGUCCAUUUUUGAUACCUACUUGGAUAGGAGCGCUAGCAUGGCGACAGUUAUGGUGUGACAUAUGUGUUGUUGUCGUUGAAUGGUGUCAGUUUAUUGUUACUGGUGCGAUAUUAGUGAUUAUAAAUGGUUAAGAAAUUGCAGCUUGUUGAAAUCCGCUGAGUGGCCGUGAGCUGUGCUGGUGACCGAUGGGCAAUGGUUGGCUGAUAGAGUUUUACAUUAAGAAAAUGAAGGUGAGCCCCAGAACUGCGAGAGGGGCCACAGUGCCCGGUGUUGUACGAGUUCCUAAACACUCUCACCCGCGAAGGGGUAGGCUGUUGACUCGCAGAUCAGUGACAAAAAUGCUGGCCGUGAUGACAGAGCAGUCCCCAGACUCAAAUAAAGACCCAGUGGAGGCAUUCCUCUCAUCAGGCCGAACGGGGCGUCGAAAUGCAUUGGCUGACAUCAGGGGCGAGCAUGCUGCCACAAGCACUAGCAGUCUCCCAGAAUGUUUUGAUAAAUUAUCAACUAAUGACAAACCAUCAGGCCACUGUGACACCCAAGGCAGUUCUGCUAACUACACAAGUGAUUCAUCAUCCAGUUCUGGUGUUCAGUCAGCAGAAUCUGUAUCCCCUCAUCAGCCUGAGAAGAGUGCAGGAGGCAUAGACCAAAGUUGAAUCUUAUUGGCAACUUAAUGGAAGGAGCAGUAUUAUGCUUCAGUUGGGAGAGACUGUUGGCAGUGUUGCCAGGUUCCUGCUGCAGACAGAUUUCAUUUCGGUGACCAGAGUUGUGUAUUUCUCUCUUCUUUUCUCCUCUUGGAACAUUACUUGGUUUAUUAUUCAGUUAUAGGCUGGAAAAUAGUGUUGAUUAAUUGAUUGAUCGAUUCUUAAGUUGUUUAAUGAUGAUUUUCAACUGCACCAGAUGGUAUGAUGAUAAAAAUUAUGAUUCUGAAAGAUGUGAAAGGAAGUGAUCAUGGCCUGUUUAAGGUACUAUCCGAGCAUUGCUUGAUGGGACUGAGGAAAACAACGAAAGACCUCAAAUAAGGAUAGCCAGUUUUGGGACUGAGAUUCAACUCAGAUCCUCCUGAAUACAAAGUAGUAGUGUUCUUCAUUUAACCGUGACAUUUGGUGAAAAAUAGUGUUCAUGGAAACAUUAUUUAUGAUAUGUCAAAACUAUUUUGAGGUGUUUUAUAUUUGUAUGUCUGUAUUGGAUGAAUGGAUGUUCCUUGAGGUUUUUUAAUUAUUCUGUUUCAACUGCACAGGUUAUAUACCAUCUGGUGUUAGAUGAAGAAGCAGUAAAGCAUGAGAAAGAGGAGAUCAUACAAUCAUCUACUUAUCUCUUAUUUGCAGUAAGUCAUGAAACUUGACACAGAGAGAUAACAUGUGAGGGAAAAUGCUGUGAAACUAGAAGACUGUUUCAUCAUGACACUGUUAAACAAAUAGCACAAGCAGUCAAAGUAACAACAGUAUAAGGCCUAACUUGAUGUUGGCUUCUUGCUUAUAAUUAAUAUAUUAAUGAACAUGAUUUUAUUUCUUUUUCUAAGAUGUGCAUUUGUUUUUUGUAAAUUAGCCCUACAACAGUUGAGUAUUCAUGUAGGAACCUUAUAUCUAAAGUUAAGAAAAUGUUCAUGAAAAUAUUUAUUAUUAUUUUAUUGCAUUUUUUUUAUUUUUAUUGCCAUUUAAGUUUCCAGUAUUAGUAGUUUAGUAAAUAAACUGAAACAAGCCAGAGAAGAUAAUGCAGUAGUUUAGAUAGUGGCAUAUCUAGUCUUGGGCAGGUGAUUCAUUUAUUUCCUCUUACUCUUCAAUUUCCACAUGCUUUCACUCUACAGCUGAGCUAUACAUGGUCAGAGAAUGCACACAUCAACCCUAUGAUUCUGCCUGAAGUAACUGAUUGGCAGAUGUGUGUAUUUUAAGAAAAAAAAUUUCUUAGCAUUAAACUUUUGUGUUCUACCAUUGUAUUACUAGAUGUGCCAUCUGAACACAGUCUCAUAAGAGUAUUGUAAACUACAUACAGUAAAAACAGUUUGAAUUAGGUACCUUUGCUUGCUCUUCUGACCUGCCUACCAUUUUUCAGACAUACAAACCAACAAAUAAUCUUAUCUGAUAUUGAUUGGAUGUAAUAGCAGACAUAUUUAAUAUCUCUCCCAUAAAUAUUUCAGUCAGAUACAAACAAUACUUGAUAUGGAAGUUGUUUACUCGUUUCUUACACAAUAUUGUUCAACAUUAUGACAUGAAGUCCUAAAAUGUGUAAUAGAAAAACUUAACACUACUGUAUAACUCAUAGUACAUUUCAAAAGUUUUAAACCAUGUUGAAAUGAGAUUGCACUUCAAUCAAUAAUUGCCUUGGAUAUGCUUAUUAUUUAAUUGUGUUUUAUGUAUGCAGAAACAUAAGUGCCACUUCUAUAAUUUUGCUGCAAAUACAGAUUGUAGACCUCUUGCCCAAGCUACUGGUUUCAAAUUUUCCAGUUUGUUGUGAAAAUGGCACGUACUGAAUCAGACUUGUAUCAGCAUACUUUGGAAUUUAUUCCCAUACCAGUAUUUCUAUUUAUAUAUCUGUAGACUUAUCAUAUUAGAUUCUGAUAAAGCCUAGAUGUGUGAGAGUUAAAUGAUACAAUUCUUUUCACAAAAAUGUUGUAGUCUUGUGAAAGCCCAAAAAGACACAAGUGUUACAGAAUAUGCAUACCCUUAAGGGUGCUGAAUUGAACACAAAAUCUGUGUUAAUGAUGUGACUAUGAAGUUUUAUGUUAAGGUAUAGUUGAGAAAUAGAGUGAACUAGAAUUUCACCUGUGUGUUAUCAUUAUAUAUUCAUAUAUUCUAACAUAAUUGCUCCAGUUUUCUUGCAUAGUCUGCUUUAUGUUAAAACAAGGGUGGGACAGUUUCAUUUAUUUUCUCUUGUAGUAUGAAUGAAGUAUAUUGAAAAUGUAAUUUUAAAAUAGCUACUGUUUCCUUUGGAGGACUAAUGACACAGUGCAUAAUUUGAACUGGGCCAUGUAAUAAUUAUAUUUUUCCUCAUGUCACUCAUGCUUGCACCUACUAUAAUUCUUUCUUGCUUAUUCCACACAGUGUGUAACUGUGCUACUUACUGAAUCUUGCUGUUACAUUCAUACAUACUGCUUUAAGUAAUGCUGACAUGGCUAUGUGUCACAUGAUAAACACUGUUACCCUGAUAAUAUUUUCCUGUUUCUUUUUUUCCCCUUUCUGUCUUUGUUUCGUUUUGUAUUGUGUUCUGAUGGUGGUAGCUGUAAGUCCAGAAUAGCUGACAUUUAUUUUUAUUAUUUUCGUCCUUCAUACCGCCAUUAAGAAACUGAUGAGAUUGACAGUUAUGAGGAUGGUUAUUGAAUUAUUUAAGCUUGGUGUUUUGAGACAUCCCAAGUUGUUUCCUACCACAAAGACUGGCAAUCAGUCUGUUGGGAUGGUGGGAGAGAAGUAGAUGAAAGACUACACCAUAAACAAUAGAAAUUAUAUUAGUGGCUCCAAUUGGUUUAACAAAUUUGAAUACAUGGUUAGGCAAAGGAAGUUUUUAGCAUCAGUUCUCUGGGAAGGGGUGUGGGUACUAAUGGUGACUACAAUGUAAACAGUGAUAACCAGCAUGUCUAAGUAAAUAGGAGUGGAGUAUUUUACAUGAUGGAGACAGAUACACAAAUAAAUACAAUAAUCAAAUUAGCUCUUUCUGUUCCUUGUUUCACUGUGUUGGCAUCUGUGUUAAUCAGGCAAUAUCCAGCUCUACUGACCGCAUAAUGAAAGACUGUUUUCUGAAAUCUGCUCAAAAUGUGUGACUAAUAUUUUGGGACUGAAACUAAAGGUCCAGGCAGUUAAUGCAGUUAAUUCCCUUCGAAGUAGUCUUCCUAUGAUUGUAGUCCAGUGAUCAUGUCCUUUGUUGAAGCAUCAAUGGUUCCCUUCUCUCAGUUGUGCUUUUGAUUCUCAUAUUCCCCUUUUUAUAAUUUCUGGAACUUCCAGGGAAAUAAUAAAUUUAAUAUAAAGUGGGUGACUCAUUCCUCAGUAUGUCAGAUAACAAACUCUUGCAAGAUGUUUUAGAAUAGAAUGUCUCCAUUUACAUCUCCCUCCUUGUUGAUAUAAAACAUGUAAUAAAAUCUUACAAAUUCUUUUUUAUUUUGUGGUUCAUGACUUUCCGCUUAGUAUAUAUUUUAAUUUGUUGAGUUGUAUUGUGCUGGGCUUUCACAUAGCAUACUUUAGGUGUUGACAUAUUAUAGAUCUCCCAUACAGAAGGUUGGUUUUAGGAUAAUACUCAGGUAUUCAGUGUCAAAAUUUGGUUUUACAUUAUACAAAAACUUGGUAUUUUGGAAAAUACUCAGGAAUGAAUUAACAAAUUUUGAUUUUUUAUUAAUCUUAAAUAAUUAAUUUUUUUCAUAUGAAGUUUUACAUUAUGCUUGCCACUAAGGAAACUUGUCAUUGCAAUGGUAUUUGUCAUAGAAGCAUUUUAUGUAAAUAUUGACUUAUUUUAUUCACAGCAAACGUGUAAUUUUUUCCCCUACACAUGUAUUUUAUGGAUUGCACUUGACAAUGAUAAAUCUUAGGAAUGCACUCAACAGUGAGAGACCUGAUUGGAUGUUUCUUAAGAAUAUGCCCUUGUUCCAUAUGAAUGUCCAUGUUUUGUGAAAGGAACAUUGUCUUCUCUUGCAGUUUCAUCUUAUGAUGCUACUAGCACUAAAAUUGAUAUUGAGUAUCACAGUAUAUUAAUUGCUAAAUGACGUGAGUUAACAAUUUUGCUAGUAUUAUUUUUACUAAUUACAUCUAUGUUGUCUUGUUAGUUAAUUGCCUAGACACUAAAGCAUGUAGUAUUAGUAUUGACUGGAAAAUAAUGACUUUAUUUUAUGUAUGUGAGUCUUGUGGCAGUGGCAUGCUCAAAGAGUGGUACAAUCACAUGAUUUAAUAGUGUUUUAAAUACCACCCAUGAAUACGUAUGGGGAAGUGGUGAUGAAAGCUCCACAAAUUCUUACCCUCAACACUACAUAGAUGUGAGUAGUCACUUUAUGUUCUGGUUGCUUUAUACCUGAGGAAGGAGUCUGUCAUAUUCAUUGUGUAGGAGGUUGAGUGGGCUCCAGUGCUCUUGUGGAUGUGGUGGUGAAGAGUAAAACCAUGCCAGUAAUCAAACUCCAGUUGUUCAGCUUGGUGCCAGUCACAUUACUGACUGAGCUAUUCUCUCUCAUGAGUUAUCAUUAUAAUUUAUAUUACAUGUGGUGUAAAGUUGAAAAUAUAUGACAAAUCUUAAUUAAUAUACAACUUGUAGGCAACUGAAUUAUAGUGUUUAAAGAUAUUUUGUUUUCUUAUUAACGUUCAGAUUUCCAGUGCAGUGGAAGAAAAGUGUAAAAAAAGUAUGUAGUUAAAAUCAAGGCGGCAUGUUAGAAGUAAAAGUAAGUAGAAUAAUACAUUAUAUUUAAAUUAUUUGCCUUUCAUGUCUUAAUGUAAUAGAAUCUCUGUUGAGGGUCCAUGGUUCUCCAUGCAGCUGUGACUAGAACUGGUGAGCAUUUUUGUCUUAUUACUGUCAGCGACCACUUAUUCAGUUGACAAGAUUCAUGUGUAACAACAGCUAAACAGUGGAACCUGUUGGUAUCACAAAAUUACAGUAUUUGGCUUUACUCAGAAGUCCAUAUAGAGUAAUACAUAAAUAUCCCAAUAUAGCUAUUGUAAAUUUGCCGAGUAUCAUUCAGAAUCUUCGUCAGAAAAAUAAAAGGGAAUGGUGACUGAGAUGUAGAUUGGAACAUGCUAUAAAAACAAACUUCUAAAGAAAUCAGGUUGGAUAGGAUGGAUUGGAUUAAAUCUUUACAGGUUAUGGUUACAUAGCAAGCUCUUGAGAACAAUAAUGAACUGUGAGUUACAAGAAAGUGGGAUGUUUAUUGACCAGGUUCUUGGUUAUCAGCUCCUCUAGAAGAAUUAUGCUGUACAUAGUUUGUUGUAUUUUAAAUGGGCCAUAUAAAUCCAAUUUUGAACAUGAAUCACAUACAUAAUGACAAUUCCUAUAUGUCUGUUCCAUUCCACUUCACUCAUAUGUAUUGUUUAUAAAUGUUAUACUUUAAUUUUCUAUUGUGCAGGCUACUGUGUGAAGGCAAGAAAGUAUAUCUUUGGCUGCCUGCCAGUCAGUGCCACAAGACUAGACUGGAUUGUAAGCUGAUGUGACAUUCAUUUCAGUUUUGUAGUAUUUAUCCCACUGUAAGGAGUCUUUAUAUGUGAUAGCAAGUCAAUCUCAUACUGAGGACAAGUAAUCCUGAUGAAUGAUACAGGUGUAUGUUAUUUUUUAUAUGAUAUGUAAUGACUGUAGAUCUGAUAUUUAUAGCACUUAUGUAAUAAUACAUGUGGCUGGAGUAGACAGUUAUUACAUAAAAGUUGUUUAAGCAUGCAUUGAAGUAGCUGUACAAAUAAAUUAUCAAAUUUAACCAUCUGUACUUAACACUAAAUUCAGUACACAUGUUGAUAUAGUCAAAUAUAUUAUGUUUAUAGUAUUAGAUAUAUGAUAUAUUUAAUUAAAUUGUUAAAGUAUCAUAUAUUUAAAUGUUUUAAUUAUGGUGAAGUUGGUACCAGAUCUUGUUGGUGUAUGAUUCUGUGAUAUACAUGAACAUAAUAAAUGUGGCGUGUCAUUUUGCAGUUGA